CUGCUCGUACCGGCCUUGCCCUCACACCUGCCGAGGUACUGAUUGCUAUCCACGAUGUUGUUCCUGAGAAGAAUGGGCCACCACUGAAAAAGAUAACAGAUGCAUGUUCAGCUUGCUUUGAACAACGCACUGUUUUCACGCAGCAAGUCUUAGCAAAGGGUCUCGGUCAGAUGGCAAUCGAUGCUUUUCCAACACUGGUAAGUGUCGUACUGGGUAAAGUUAAGAACAAAGUGACGUAAAACCCCAAAAACUCUUUCUUAAAACUGAAUCAACGUAACAUGAAUCGUAUAUGAAGCCUAUACAAAGUAACUUUCUCUCUUUGGUCUCUCCACCCCCGCCGCCGACUAAACCCUAGUUUCUUCAACUUCAUCUUGUUCAAAAAGGCCGGCGGCAGCCUUGGCAGUCGGCCUCCUCCCCCUGUUAGUCGUAUUCUGCUUCAACCAUACAUAGCCGCGAUUCAGAAAGGUCGUCCCCUCCUUCUUGUUUCUGGGAUUCUGGAUUUUUGUCUCUGCAAACCUAAUCAGAAGUCUGGUGAGUACCUCUCUUCUCUGGCCUUGCUUCUCUGCCUCUCUAGACCGCCGGCGUCAGAUCUGGGUCAGAUCUGAGCCCAAGCCAUCGUGAUUUGUAAGAAGCGUUGCUGCCUCUCCUCUCAUCACAUCCGACUUGCCUCCCGGUGGUCUGUCUGUCGUGUAGAUCUAAGGUGCGUAGAGCCGUGGUUCUCCGCUGAGAGCCUCUUCUCUUAGCUUCAAGUGUCAGCUUCCAUCGUAAUUUCUGUUGUUGCUCUGUUUCUCUUUGUUGUGGUUUGAGGAUUGAUGCUCAGGGUCCUUGAGGACAGACCCACUGUGUCUCUAAAAACCACGCUGGGAGAGACUUGCUACUGAUGGAUUUUCACAUGUUUUUGAGAAGUCGUAUGGCUUCUCCCGGUCUUCACCUCCGUCUACAAGCUCCGGGCUGCUCCUCCUGCGUGUGUGAGCUCUCCCCGAGAGGCUUCUGGUUUUGGUUUCAACGGAGUCUACCUCAGCCUGCAUCGGAGUGGAUUGCCUGGCCCUCCGUCGUCGCGGCCGAGUAACUCUAUGGAUUUCGUCUACGGUGAACCGACUCUGCGCAGCCUUCUCCUCGUCACCAUUCAUGGUACCUGGAAGCGCUUGUUGACUUUGUCAUGGAAAUCCUUUCCAAGUUGGUGAGUAGGCAGAUCUGGAGACUGCCAAAAUUGUGGCCUGGCUUCUUGAAAUGUGUGUCUCAGACACAACCACAUUCUUUCCCCGUCUUGUUGGAGUUACCAAUGCCUCAACUCGAAAGUAUCAUGAAGAAGUUUCCUGAUCUAAGACCUUCUCUUAUUGCUUAUGCGAAUCAGCCAACUAUCAGAGCUUCUCUACCAAAUUCAGCUCUUUCAGUUCUUGGGCUUGAAAAUGGGCAAGAUUCACGUUCACAAAUGCACCCUUCAGAUGCAGCUUCAUCUAUUCAUGCGGCAGCCUUAACGUGACCCACACACCUAUCGACAAAGUUGAAGUGUUUGAAGGAGACAAAUCACAGAUACUGAAAGCUUCUUGUCGAUUGGCUCGAGACUGGCUACCACACGUAUAUCUGACUACUACUUCUGUGUUUGAGAUUUUAGUAGCAAGACCAGCAUGGUAGCCCCAGCGUGUGUGUGUGGUCUUUCAUUUGUUACCCCUUUUUUGUGUAUAUUUCUUAAUUAUAAAAACUUCACCGUGGCCACGAGAAGGGGUCACGCACUUGUAGUGGAU